AUGUCCAAACACCAAUUUAAUAUACCAAUAACUGAAAUAGAUAUUUUAAACAAUCCAUCAGAAGAAAGUGAGGAUUCAGCUAGUCUUUCUCAGAAAUCCCCUACUCCAAAUACCUCAGCCUUUCAAAAUUUUAGCAAAUAUCAGGAGAAAAUCAAAUUAUUUGUUACUGCUGUUGUUGAAGGAAAUGUGGAGGAAGUAACUAACAAUUUAUUUACUAAUGACCCAGAACUUUCUGCAUUUGAACCUUGCCUUGCUGGUGCCAGAUACAAGGGCGAUGGUCAACCUGUACUUCACAAGGCAGUUCUUAGAAGUUAUGUCCCAAUUGUAAGGACUUUAGUUCACACCCUUGUUUAUAAAAAUAAGCUAAGUCUUGACUCUUUAAGAGAUCAGUUUUAUCGAACUGCUCUUCACUAUGCACACGGAAUGCCUGAAGAUAAUGAAAUGUCAAAUAUAUUGAUUGAUUAUGGAUGUUCUGAGUUUACUGUUGAUAAGGAUGGUCGUUCACCAUUGUCUUUCAAAGAUCGCAGAAACCAAAAGUCAAUGGCUGAUCUACUGCAAUACCAAUUAAAGCAGAAUCUAGCGAUUCCAGAACCUAAUCCAUGGGCAUCCCCUCUUCCCCUGCCCAUCAUUGGAUACCUGAUGGACUGUCAAGAUGGUAAGCAUUUCCACAAAUUCCACAGUUCCAGAAUGAAAGCUCUGAGCUACACCUCUCCAAGCUCUGCCUCUCAGCUUGGCGCCAGCUUCUGUAGCAGCAGCAGCAGUAGUGGUGGUGGCGGCGGCAGUGGCGGUGGUGGCAGUGGUGCCGGUCGAAGCAGAAAUACAAUGAUAACCUCAACCUCUUCAUCUUGUGAGAGGAUGCUUGCCUAUCCUGCUGACUGGAGUCUAGAGAGCAGCGAUGAUGAUGACAGUGAGAUUAGCGAGAGGGAAUAUGAUGAAGUUUGGGAAGAUGAAAUUCAUGCACAAACUGAGAAGACAAGGAAAAGUGAGACUGAAGGAAGAUGGAACUAUAUGGCAUCAUAUGCGUCAUAUGCAUCUCCUUAUUGUUCAAUAUUGUAAACACAAAAACAAAAGAGAAAAAUAUAACUCUCUUGAGUUUGUUUGUGUGAGAAGAGUCUGUUAUAAAGCUGUUUAGCAACUGAUCUGAGAAGGUUUGAGAUUAAGCUAGUGAAUGAGUUAUUGAUUAAGAAAACUGGACAGUAUUGUGUGAGUAGAUAAAGGAGAUUGACUAAAACUGCUAAAUAUAAAUGGCAGCAUAUAAAAAAGAAAUUCAUUUCAAAAUGGGGGAAAAAAAUAACAAAGCGUAAAUAGCAAAUACAAUUAAGAUGAUGAUGAGGAGAAGAAAGAGAAUGAAAACUAGCUCUUUACAAUAGACCACUGGACGUGUUCACUACAUACAGUUUAUUUAUCCUGUUUGAUCGAUGGAGAGGUGGGGGGUAUGUUGUUCAAUCUGGUGAACUAAGUACUAUAACUUAUCUUGAUAUGUACAUUGUGAGAGUGUGUUGGUGAAUUGUUUAUUGAGUAGUGGAGGGUUGUUUACUGUCUCUAGUGAACUGUUAAUUAAGUGAUAUGUGCUUACUGUGCAUUGGGGGAUCAGGGAUCAUUUAUUGUAAAUGGCUGACUGUGGUGCAUUCUUUGUUGGGGUUCAUGAAGUGACUGACUAUUAUAGUAUGUGUAGACUGAGUAUGAGGAACUAUUUAUUAUAACUGACAGACUUCGGUGGCAUUUUUUAAACAAAUACAGUAAACUAAUUUUCAUGACUGACAGAACUGGUGUAUGUGUGUGUGUGUACUGAGCAUGAUGAAUUAUUUAUUGAAUGGGUUAUUUGUUUCUUGAGAAUGGGGAACUGUCUAACAGUGUUGUGCAUUAACUGAAUAUUGUGGGCCAUUUAUUAUAAUGGACUGAUUGUUAUAUUUGUUGAAUGAGUAUGAUAAACAAUUUGCUGUAACUGUUUCUACAUGUGAACUCCAAUAAUUUUGAAGUUAUGCUAUUGGGCACAUAGUCAUAAGUUUGGGCCUUUCUAAAUCCGUUGUGUUGUACAUUUAGGCGAAGCAUGAACCUGAGCUGGACUAACAACAUGUUUAUUCCUUCUUUACAGUUCUGUGAUUAGCUUUAGAAAGUUAUAAAAAUAGCUUCAGAAAAGAACACCAUCCUACACAUACAGAGCAUGAAUGGGGAAAUGAAUGUUUGAGGUUUUAUUUAUUGGAUACAGUGAACUGUUUAAUGUAACUGACUGUAGUAUUUAUUUAAAGAUGGAUGAACUGUUUAUAGAAGGUUGUGUGUUUGUACUGAGUAUGGCAAACAGUUUAUUUUAAUUGAGUAAUAUUUAAUUUGCUGAGUUCAAUGUAUGAUUGUAUGCAUGCAUGCUGUUUUGGUCAAGUCACUCUCUUGCUACUCUGAGUUUCACUUGUGGAUGCAUAGGGUUUUAUGUGUGUGUGUGUGUGUGUUUAUGUAAACGUUUGUUUAUAGAGCAUGGUAAACUGUAUAACAUCGAUGUCAUUCUUUACUGAGAGUAGUAAACAACUUAUAACAGUCUGACUGGAUUUUUAAAUGAUUAUUGUGAAAUGAAGGUAGUGGCUUGGCAGAAUAUGUAGAGCAACUGACAAAAUACCUUACAGUAUUGAAUUAUGUCCCUUUGUGUUCUGACUGUGAAUCCUGUUGAGGUUGACUUUGCUUUUCGUUCUUCCAGACAACAAAAAGUACCAGUCAAGUAACACUGAGGUUGAUAAGAUUUAUUACACUCCUUACUACUAAAUUUCUAGCCUUUUGCCUAUAUUCAUCAUCACCAUUUUUAUGUCCACUUUUCUAUGUUGGCAUGGGUUGAAUGGGACAUUUUGAGGCAGUGUUUUAUGACCAGAUACAAUUCCUGAUACCUACUCUCCUAAUUACUUCUUAUGACAUAUAGGAAUAUGGUGUACCAAUUUUAAAAACUGGAAUACACUCGGUAUACUAAUUAUUAUUAUGAACUACCUGUUAUAAUGGACAAACUGAACUGUUUUCUGUUGUGUUGUAUGUUUUGACAUUACUGUAUUUGUUGAGCAUUUUGGGCUUUUUAUGAUAACUUACACUGGUGUGUUUGUUUCUUGAGUAUCUUAAAUGUUCUGCUGCAACUAACAGCAGAAUAAUGUGUUUACUCAAUGUAGUGAACUACUUAUUAUUACUGACUUACUAAAGUGCAUUUACUGAGUAUGGUGAGCUAUUUUUUAUUACUGACAUACAGAGUGUGUGUUUACUAUAUAUAGUGAACUAUUUAUUAUUACAUACUAGAGUAUGUAUUUGAGUAUGGGUGAACCACUUAUUAUUAUUAUUGGCAAACUAGUGUGUGUGUAUUUACUGAGUAUGGUAAUGUAUUUAUUUUUCCCGGCAUACUAGAGUGCGUUUACUGAGCAUGAUGAACUAUUUAUUAUUACAUACUCAAGUCUGUGUUUACUGAGUGUGAACUAUUUAUUAUUAUUGAUAUACUAGAGAGUGUGUUUACUGAGUAUGGUGAACUAUUUAUUGUUACAUCUUAGAGUGUGUUUACUGAACGUAAGUGAACUAUUAAUUAUUUCUGACAAACCAGAGUGUUUACUGAGUAUGGUGGAACUGUUUAUUAUUAUAGGCAUGCUACAAUGUGUUUACUGAGUAUGGGUGAACUAUUUAUUAUUACAUGUAUAUUACAGUGUGUUUACUGAGUAUACUGAAAUAUUUAUUAUUACUGGCAUACUAGGGUGUAUUUAUUGAGUAUGGUGAACUGUUUAUUACAAUUAACUGUGUACAGUGUUUGUUUAGCCAGUUUGAUGAAAUAUUUGUUAUCACUUACAUACUAGUAUGUGUUUAUUGAGUGUGAUUAACUAUGUAUUAUGAUUGACAAAUGAGUGUUUGUUUACUAAGCAUGGUGAACUGACAUUCUGCAGUGCAUUUACAGUGUAUGGUAAACUAAUGACCAAACAUAUUACUGACAUACUAGAGUGUGUUUACUGAGUGUGGUUAACUAUUUAUUGUUACUGACAUUUUAGUGUGUUUGUUGAGUAUGAGGAACUAUUUAUUGCUAUAGACAUGGGUAGAGUGUGUUAACUGAAUAUGGUGGACUAUAUUGUGAUAACUGAGUAAUGUGUUUUUUUACUCAGUAUAGUGAACUAUUGAUUAUAACUGUCUAAACUGUUUGUGUACUCAGUAUUAUUAAUAAUUUAUUAAAACUGAGUAAAAUGUUUGUUUACUCAUUAUAUGAUUUAUUUAUUAUAACUAAUGGACCAAAGUGUUUGUUAAUGAGUAUAACUAAAUAACUAAAGUGUUUAUUGUGAAUCUUGAACUAUUUAUUCAAACCAGAGAUGGAGAGUGUACACAGAGAGAGGGUGUCUCCCUGUUUCUCAGCUCAGAGAUAGGUGUGUAUGGAGGGUGCUUAUAGUAUCUAACCUCCACACCUUUCCCACUCUUCCUCAAACUGAGCCUCACAGAUCUUAGUGUACCUCUUAUUCCUAAAAGCCAUUUCAAUCACUGAUUUCAAAUGACUAAAGCAUUACAGUGUGUCUAAUCAACUGUUUGUUAUAACUGACUAUAGUGUUUGUUUACUAAUUGUGAUAAACUAUAACUGAUUGGUUAAAUUGUUUGUUUAUUCAAUAUGGUGAAGUAUUUAUUAUAACGAAGUAACUAAAGUGUUUGUUUACUUUGUAUGGCAGAUUAUUUAUUAUAAUUUUCUGAUGUAUACAUUUAGAUUUGUGUUUUUACCAAACAUAUAAAAUGUUUUAUUAUAUAACUUCUGGAAAUUUCAGCUGUCCUUUUUGUUAGGACAUCAAGAUUGUUAGUAAAUUCCAAAUGUAGCAUCUGCUAUUAUUACAUCUUAUCCAAAACUGGCAUAUAUCCUCAAUAUUGGCAGUUUUACUUUUUGGAAGGUUUUAGCUUGCAAACAGUUUGUCUUUUCUUAAAUGAUAAUGUAGUCCCAAUAGUUAUAAUAUCAUGUACCAUAGAUCUUAUAGUAAUAGGUGUAGCUACUAUAUAAAUAAGAGUAUUGCAGUUGUGUUAAAGAUUAUAGAAAGAACUAUUAACAACUGCUCCUUUAACUAAUACACAUCUUUAAAAAAACCCUUUAUGUAGGGAUAAAAAAUGAUACACAGAAAAAAAAGCAGUACUAUAUAAUCAAUAUAUAUGUAGAUGUUUAUACACAUUUAUCAAAAACACAAAAAAAAUGAGGGAGCCCUUACACAAAUACUUUCCAUCUUUUUGAUUUCAUGACACUCUGGAGAUCAAAAGCUUACUGGCACACUUCCCAUGGAAAGUUAAUAAAACUGUUUUAAAGUUUUAAAAUUUGAAAGAAAAAUAUAUAGAAAACUAUUGUUUACUUUGUUUUAUAAAGUUGUUUAUAACAAAAUUAUGAUCAACAUAUUUUUCAAAACACUCAAGCAUUAGUAAGGAUUUUCUAUAGCCUUAAAUUUCAUUUUAAAAAUCCUUGGUGCUCCUAGGUACCCUUGUAAAUCACCAAGGUGCUGCAACACACCAUUUGAGAAUUGUUGCACUGUGCAGUCAUCUAACCUGCUAAUAACUGCAGCCAAAUUGCCUGCAAUAUCUACCCUACAUACCUUGUUAUUUGGUUGACUACUUGCAUACCAUGAGUUUUCUUACAAAGCUGAUUUGGUGUUGCACAAAGAAAAAAAAACCUCUACAAACAUGCUGAAGAUGGAGUCACUAUGAACAUGCAUAAACUUUAAGAAUAGUAACUACAAUAUCAAAUUAAACCAUGCCAUGUCAGAAAAAGGAAACAUAUACUGGAUAAUGUAGUUUUAGAUACAUUGUGGCUGAGGUAAAAAUGAAAGACUGAAUGCUUAUGAUCAUAGGUCUUGAGGUUAUAAACAACAGCAAGGAUAACAACUCUUGAAGAAUAAAGCAAAAAAUACAGUUGAUGAGAAGAGGAGUGAGUGCAUUAGCUAGGUUUGGAAUAUUUACUACAAGUUAUCUUGUAGAACUUCUAGAUGCUUUGGUGAUUAUACGCUUCAUCAGCCACUGUUGGACUGAAGACAAUUACUUGUCAGCCACAUAAUAUAUAACACUUGUUAACAUUACAAGUGGUUAAUAUAUAAACUGAUCAGGAAAGAUAAAGGAGCAAAGCAGGUUACUUUGAAUGCAACUGAGAAAAUAUAAAUAUAUUAGAAAAGCAUCAACUGUAUCUAUUUCGAUCAUGCUGAAAAGAACUUGGUGAGAAUCCCUAGUCUUAUAUAAAAAUAUAUAAAAAAUUUCAAAACCAACAUCUAUGUAUAAUGUGGUCAUCUUUAUAAAAUUUCAUUGAAAAAUUUGUGUGAAAAAUUCAAUGAAGAAUCCUCUUGAAUGACCCUUUGGUGAAUUUACGAAUGUCCACACAGAUCGAAACUAGUGAUUGGUAAGUAGAGGUUUAAAGAACUUCUGAUAAAAUAGUUUUAGUUGUGGGUGUUUUUUUAUAUAUUCGGUAAGCAGUGUCUGUGUGUUGUUUAUGACUUUAGCUAAAAGGUUUUUAUAGAUGGAUUUAGGGGAUGUCAGAUGUAGGUCAUUUCAUAGCUGAUAUUGUGUGUACUUCUUGUUGGAAUGUACAUUGUUGUGCACCUGUGCAUACACAUGAACGCAUGCACAAUGCACACACACACACACACACACACACACACACGCAGUUGGAAUAGACUGACUGAAGCAGUAUUCUACCUAAUAGUACUGAAUACUUUCUGAACAGGAUAAUCUAAACAUUAUUUCUUUUACCAACUGUCCCUCAAAUUACAAAGAAAUAUUAGUAAUAUAAUAAUGUGUAUGUAAAUAUUAGAGCUUGUCUAAUGAUACAAAAGAGAUAAAAUUAUAGUUUUAAACCUUGAAUUUUUAAUAGUUGAAUAGUACUCAGUAGGAUUUGAAAAAUGAAAAUUGUUAUUAUUAGAAUAUCUGUAAAUACCACUCAGUAGUAUUUAGGCCACAAUAAGAGACUGUAAAUUCUUUAUAAAUAGCUAAUCAAUAAGAAUCUUGUCUUAUCAUUUUACAGAUAAUAUCCAUGAAGAUUUUAAGUGAAGAAAAAAUUCACACUCAUAAACACAUACGUUAGAGAUGAUUUCACACAAAAUGCAAUAUUUCAUUAUUGAACCCUAUGUUCAAUAGUUUCUCUAUCAAACAAAGUAACUUUUUAACUACUUGCUUGUUAGUUGAAACAAGUAUUUCACAUAGAAUGAGUCCAUAUUGUAAAAUUUCUAAUUGGUUUAAAAGCCAAAAAAAAAAAAGAAAAAAAAAACAAAAACCAAUUUUAUAAAUUUAAUUAUUAUUGUGUCCAUUUGCAUUAAAAUACUCCGUAUCAAGUCACUAGUGCUAUAAUUAUUUUGUGAAGAAUAAUACAACAAAAAACAAACCUUUCUAUACAUUUGUUAUUACUGCAUUGAUUGUUUCCAAUCAAGUGCUUCAAUUAUUUCCCUUGUUUUAACUUUUACAUUUUGAAAAGGAAGGGAAUAAAGCAUUGAAGUAGUUUUGAACAAAUUCAGUUAUACAAUAUACACAUAUAGAAACAAAAAAUCUUUAAGAACUUUUAUAUCCAUGCAAAGUAUAAAAAUUUACACUUAGGACACAUUUCAGUUGUUGAACUCUAUAGUUCAGUACUUGAACUCCACAUAGUUUUGCUACAACCUACUUCUAUUUUUUUCCUUUCUUUCUGCAUGUGUGAGAUAUAGGUUCUUAAAUGCCCCUUUAAAAACCCAACAUAUGUAAUUUUAAAUGUUUUGUUACUUAGACACUUGUACAUCUCAGACUCUAUGCAAGCACCAAGUAAAAUGAUCCUGUAUUGUAGCAUUUUUGUAUGAUCCUUUCUCUAUCUUAUGAUUGUAUGUUUUUGUUUUUGUGUAUGAACAUGCAUUAGAUUAAUAUCUUGUGUAAAUAUAUUUAGUUGUGGAUUUAUUUAUGCAUAUUGAUGUGAAGAUGAGUGAGUGAGGGAGAUAGAGAAGAGCAAUUUUUUAAACAACGAGGCUAUGAUAUCCAGUAUAUUUAUAAACCAAUGAUAAUUAGUGGUACAAAUUAUCCAGUGUAUACUUUUUAUUAUUUAUUUGAUAAUGUAAUCACUUUGAAAGGUUUUACAGAGAGUAAAGCUAAAACAUACACUGUUCUUUCCUCAAUUUUACAAUAUAUAUUAGGGAGUCCUCUUAGUUUAUUUUCAAAGUUCUCUUGGUUUUUCCCUAGAGUUCAGAAUGAGCAAAAUAAGUUUGCUUUAACUGAAAUAUUUAUUUCACUUUUAUUUCAAGUUGACUAUAUAAAUUAUAAUUUUAAUUCAAAUUCAUAAUUUUAAAAAGAUAUUUAUUUGAAUGAUAUUAGACAUUAUAAACACCAAUUUAAGAAAGAAAAUAGAAACAGGUUCACUAUUAGGAUUCAAACCAUGUAUCUAUUGGUUACCAGGCUACUGCAUUGCUAAUUGCACCACAGAGUCCCUGCAUAAGUAUAUAUUUAUCAAUAUUUAUUUAAUAUGUAUUUGGUACAAUUUUAUUUCAGUUAAAUUUUAAAAUUUCAAUCUCUUUAACAAUUAUAAUACAAUUUAAAUCUCUUUAAGAGUUUUCUGUCUGUUAAUAUAUCCCUUAGCCAUUGCUAUAGAUCAACUACUAGAGAUAUCACAUUGUUAUUGAAUUUUAAAACAAAUAUUUUUUAAAGCAUGUUGAAAAAAUAUAAAAGGAAACUAAUUUUUUAAAAUUAAAAUUGGUUGGUGCUUAUUGAUACAGCACCAAAUUCGGCACCUUAUCAUACUGUUUGAUUCCUGUUAAUGUCGACUUAGCCUUUCAACUUAUUGGAGUCGAUAAAACAAGUACCAGUAAUAAAACUGGAUUCUAUAUCUGACAGCAUAUAUGACACAUUUUUAUUCCAAAAAAUGUUCUCUCAAAAUCUUUUGACAUGGGACAUUAUUUAUUCCAGUAAAUAUAGAUAGAAAGUACAUCUCUUCUAUCAAAAUACUCUUGGAAAAAGUUGUACAUAGAAUAAGUCUUGUGAUUCUUGUAUGCUGGCAAAUAUGUUUAAUCGUCAAAUUUAUCUUAGACAGGAAGAAAGCGUACUUCUGUCUCCAGAUAAAAGUCAACAAACGAAUCGAUGUCAACAGGCUGUGCCUAUCUAGUCGAAAUAAUUUGUUUGUUAUUAUUUAUUGAACACUGGUUCCAUGUUUCAUGACUUUAUGCAUUUAUAUAAUUAGACAUUUGAAGUUUAUUGUCAGGGUGUUGAUUUUUAUAACUUCAAUUUAUAAAUCAGAAACGAGUUUGUAUAUAAUUGAAAAAACUGAGGAUAAUCCAUUAAUUAGCAAUAUAUGAAUAUUUCUCUGCAAAUUGGAAUAUAAUAUAUCCUGAUGGAGAGAUUUUCUUGCUAUCAUCUUGUCAUUACACUUUACUGCUGCCUGUCAAAUUAUUGUGUGCAAAUGAGCAAAAUACAAUAUGGAUAGAGCAAGCAUUUUACUAGUUUGUCACCUUAGAUUUUGUUUCUUAAACUAUUUUCCUUAGAAUUAAAAUCUGUUUCCUGUGUCUAGUUGUAGUGCUCAUAGAGAAUAUUUUCAUUUUGUUGUUCAAUAUGUGCUUUGCUAUUUGAAAAUGUCAAAAUUAGCAUAUCAAAUUUCUUUUCUAAAGAAAGAAAAACAUUGGUCUGGUGUUUUAAUUUUGAAAGGCCAGGACUUCAGCAUCUCCAACACCACUAUCACAAAGGGUUGAAGAAAUACCAAAAAGAAAACAUUUGAAUAAGUUUUGUUUGUUAGUAAUAAUCCCAUUAAAUUGGGAAAAGUGUCCUUACAAAAGAUAAAUUCAUUGAGGAAAAAAAAUGUAAAUAUGUCACUGGUAUGUGUGUGACAUGAAGAGGCUAGAUUACGGAAAAAAAAGUUGGCUAAGUAUGAUACUUGGGUAAAAAAAAGUAUACAAGAUAGAAGAGACUAAGUAAGAUAUUUUUCUGUUAUGAGCUCUGGGUUGAAUAAUUUUAUACCCAAUGUUUUAUGACUAAUAUUUUCAGGGUUUUUAAAGCUGAAGUUUACUUCUGUCAUUGAGAUAUAUAUAUUUUUUGUGUGUCUUGUUUUUAGAUUCUACAUAGCAUUAUUUCAAGGUUUUUCUUUUCAGUUAAUAAUACUAAAAUUAGAAAAAUUAGUUCUUUUCUUUGUGAAGAAAAACAAUAUAUUCUUAUCGAUUUUUAUUAACAAUAGACAAAAAAAAAAUAGAUCAGUUAAAGUUGAAUAACCUUUAGGUAAAAUAAAAUACUUGGUUAGUUAAAACUAGAUUAUUAUUGUUUAUUUACUAUGGCACCAAUAUUUAUUGUAGCACCAAUUGAAGAAACUGAAAAAAUGGUUGUGUUUUAAUUUUAAAAGUAAAAAAAAAAGAACAUUUGGGUUGUGAAAAGUUCAGCCCAAAAGAUAUGUCUUUUUAAAACCCUACCUUAUAACUGGAAUGGUUAGCUCAAUAUUUUGUUUUUCUUUGUUGAUACUUGCUGAAAAAAAAUUUAAUAAAAACAGUAAAAAAUUUGCUAACCCAACCUCAAAACAAACAGAGAAUCAAGAAAAUUUUUACAAAAAAAAAACUUUGAAAAUUGUGAUGUUUCAAGAUUUAAAGAAAUCAUUUCAACAAUGAGUCUUUCUAAAAACAAGAAAAAGUAAUGAAAUUAUUAUGGUUACUAUUAAAGAAAAGAAAAUUCAGUUGUGAACAAUUAUUUUUGAAACAACAAAAUUAUUCCUUCAAACAUUUAAAAAAUAAUGGCUUAUUUUAGUUUUUGAAAGUUUUUCUUUCCUUCUUUUCCUUCAAAGUGAAGCUGUAAUCUGAAUGAUUCAACAUUAUAUGCACUGUGUAUAUAGCACAACUGAUGGUGUUAUGCUAGUUAAACAGCAGAAAUGGAUCCAUUUAAAUACCAGAGAAAGAACUGUUAUAUGUGAUACUAAUUGUCAUAGAUUAUGUUCUUACAAUGUUAUUCCUUUCAAUGGUAUCAGCAUUCUGCUCAAGAACAUUAAUUAGACAAUAAAAACUAUUAUGUAGCAGAA